ACGGACAAAACUUCAUUUUUUCUGCUUUGUGAAAAUUAUCGGUAUUUCGCUGUGUCUACUGCUUCUAUUUGACAUUCAACGACAUUUGAGGUUACACGUUGGGCUGCUCCAACAUACGUUAGUAAGAAGAUUGCUAAUAUAAAUGAUUCUGUAGCAUUGAUCGUGCGAGUUAUAAGAGGAAACAGUCACUAUUUCAAAGAUUCAAAAUGCUCUCACCGGACACACUGCAUCACGAAGAAGUCAAUUUGGCGUUAGACCGACAAGUACGCCAAGACAUACAGGAUAUGGCGCAAGAGGCGCAAAUACAAGCGCAGAUUAUAGCGCACGAAGCGCGAGAUCGAUUUCAAUCUACAUCGAGCGUCGAGGAAGAUGGUCAAGAAGAUAUUGAGCAUGACGGUGUCACCGUUUUGGGUGUUGUUGAAGCCGAUGAUGAUGAUGACGUACAUCAUCAUGAAAGCAUUGUUGAAGAGGAUUUGACCGAACACGAUUUGUCUGAUAUGCAAGAUGUCAAAGAUUUCAAGGAUAUGUUAAUGGAAUCCAAUGAUGGCAAUGCGGACAAUUCUUUAAUGCGCAAGCGACGCGGCAACCUGCCAAAACAAUCUGUUAAGAUCUUAAAACGUUGGUUGUAUGAACAUCGCUACAAUGCAUACCCUAGCGAUGCAGAAAAAUUUACACUAUCACAGGAAGCUAAUUUGACAGUUCUGCAGGUUUGCAAUUGGUUUAUCAACGCCCGAAGACGUAUAUUGCCCGAAAUGAUACGACGUGAGGGUAAUGACCCCUUACACUUCACCAUUUCAAGGCGCGGUAAAAAAUUGAACUCAUCAAUAAACUCAUCAAAUAGUUUAAGUGCAAGUGGAAUUGUACCAAAUCCUAUUACCGGCAGUCCAGCAUCUGAAGUGAUCGUUGGCGCGACGGAGGAAGUUGAGGGUGAUGAGGUGCAUGAUGGCGUCGCAAAUGUACUAACUGCGUUAGGACAUUUCGUACAAACGCCUGGCGGUCACAUGGUUAAAGUUGAACCAGACAUGGAGUACGAUGAUAGUGUAAUUUAUAGGUGGCAGCAGGCGAUUGCUGCCAAUCCGCAAGGCUUUCAAAAUUUGCAUCCACAAAUUCAGGCGAAAAUUUUGGCAAAAAUUCAAGCCGCUAAACAAAGGCAAGCAGCCGCCAAUGCAGCCACCGCCGCUGCUGCUGCUGCACAAAUGCAACAGCCUUCAUACAAUACUAGCACGGGCGUUAUGCAAAAUCCAGAUAUUGCUGCUGUUGCAGGUUUGCCAGCUUCUCCGCCAUCUUCAAUCAACUCGUCCGCGGCGGCACAUUCUCAGUAUCCGCACAGUACGAAAUACUUCUAUUCACAAACACUCAAUCAAAUUUUUCACAUCCAGAAUAGUAUGCCGCAAACGAAGAAUUCAUAUUUCAAUGCGUUGAGAUCGGAAGAUGACAGCGUCAACGAAUAUGAUUCGUGCGAGCCACAAAGUGAGGAGGAAGGCAAAUUUGAAAGCUCAGACGCUUGGCAAAGCGUUAUGAAUACCGAGGAAGUAACGACCUCUAGUCCAACUGCAACGAAUAACACCUAUUGGACGACGGCAUCACAUCCGCACACGACGACGGCGCAAUCUGCAAUAGGUGUUACUGGCGCAACAACAACAGGCAACAAUGUGAUAGCGGCUGCCAAUGUGAAUGCGCUGGUCACCCCAAUCGAGUGUAAAGCUGAACCGGGCGUAACAGUGGGCGCUGAAGCAACGGUUGUCACAUCAGGCGUCUCAAAUGCGUCUAACAGUAAUAAUAAUAGCGCAAAUGCAACAAAUAACAAUACAAUUACAUCAACCGUACAGGUUAUACAUCCUGGCAGUCAUCUGGUGAAAGGUGUCAUCCGUGACGAUAAAGAUAAAUUUAAAUGUUUGUACCUGCUGGUGGAGACGGCAGUGGCCGUGCGCCAACGUGAGAAAGAGCAAGAAGACGAAGAUGUGCAUGUGCUGGGAAAUUAGUUAGGCGACCACCAAUAUCACGCAAUGAACAAUACAACAAAACGAAGAAAUUCAUACAUCCACGAACUGUUUGCAGUGAUGUGUCUUUUGUAUAGUGUCAAAAAUGUGAAAUUAAGCCUUGCUUUGCAACAGUUUUAUUUAUGCUGAAAUUGCUGAUAGCUCAUCGUUGUGUGAGCAAUAAUAACACUUCUAAGCACUAGUUAGUACCAUACAUAUAGCGCAAUAAUCGGUUACAUUUCAAAUAUUUUCUGCUUGCUGCUAAUGUUCAAUAUUUCUUAUAGCAUAUGUUAAUUAUAUUCGUUUUUCCACUUUAAUUUCGCAACUACAAUAUUUACAUUAAUUUGUCAAUGUUUUACAUGAAUUACAUUAAACGCGUAUUUAUCACUUUCUAAUAAUUAAGUGUUUUGUAUACUUGGUUUGCAGAUGCUCAUAUAUCUACAGAUUAUCAAAUGAAAAUACGCCAAUUUGCCAAAUAGCUACUAAUAAUAAUAAAUUAUAUUGCUUUAACUUUAAA